UCCAAAGCAGCCAACUUAAGUCCCAAUUACUUGUCUGGUUGGUGUAAGAUCGUCGAGGGCGAAUUGUUUAAUAAAUUUUAAGCAAAUCCUUUAAAAACAAGUUGAAACCAUGGCGUUGCGAGUGCUUUCUGUUUCGCAAAAUUUGCGCCAGCUUUCUAAAGGAGCUGAGCUUUUGAAACGCUACAAGGCAACUGCCAGCCUUAAAAAAACACUCGUAAAUAUUCCAGCGACCCAGGUGACUCGAUUGGAUAACGGUCUACGUGUUGCCAGCGAAGAUUCCGGCGCUGCCACUGCUACUGUCGGUCUAUGGAUUGAUGCUGGCUCACGUUCGGAAACAGAGAAGAACAAUGGUGUUGCACACUUUUUGGAACAUAUGGCUUUCAAGGGUACUGCAAAGCGUUCACAAACUGAUUUAGAAUUGGAAGUUGAGAAUUUAGGCGCCCAUUUGAAUGCCUACACAUCCCGCGAGCAAACCGUAUUUUAUGCCAAAUGUUUGUCGAAGGAUGUCCCUAAAGCUGUAGAGAUUUUAGCUGAUAUCAUUCAAAAUUCGAAAUUGGGUGAAUCUGAAAUCGAACGCGAACGAUCCGUUAUUUUGCGUGAAAUGCAAGAAGUAGAAAGUAAUUUACAGGAAGUUGUCUUCGAUCACUUACAUGCUACCGCCUACCAAGGUACACCAUUAGGACAGACCAUUCUUGGACCCACAAAGAACAUUAAGUGCAUUGGAAAGCAAGACCUCUGCGACUACAUUUCAACCCACUACAAGGCCUCACGCAUUGUGCUUGCUGGUGCCGGUGGCGUUAAACACGACGAUUUGGUAAAAUUGGCUCAAGAUAAUUUGCGUGGAUUGGAAAAUACUUUUGACGGUAAACCACCGGCAAUCACUCCAUGCCGUUUCACCGGCUCCGAAGUGCGUGUACGCGACGAUUCAUUGCCACUUGCCCAUGUCGCUGUUGCUGUUGAAGGUUGUGGUUGGACUGAUCAGGAUAACAUUCCUUUGAUGGUUGCAAACACACUAAUUGGGGCUUGGGAUCGUUCCCAAGGUGGUGGUGUAAACAACGCUUCGAAUUUGGCACGCGCCAGCGCUGAGGAUAAUUUAUGCCACAGUUUCCAAUCAUUCAACACCUGCUACAAAGACACCGGCUUGUGGGGCAUCUACUUCGUUUGCGAUCCAUUGCAGUGUGAGGAUAUGUUAUUCAACGUACAAACUGAAUGGAUGCGCCUUUGCACAAUGGUAACCGAAGCUGAAGUUGAGCGCGCCAAAAAUUUACUAAAGACAAACAUGUUGCUUCAACUUGAUGGUACCACACCUAUCUGUGAAGACAUUGGUCGCCAGAUGCUCUGCUACAAUCGUCGUAUUCCAUUACAUGAAUUGGAACAACGCACUGAUGCCGUAAGUGUAAGCAACGUACGUGAUGUUGCCAUGAAAUACAUUUAUGACAGAUGUCCCGCUGUGGCUGCUGUUGGUCCAGUUGAGAACCUGCCUGAAUAUAACAGAAUUCGCUCAUCGAUGUACUGGUUGAGAGUCUAAUUUAAAUGAGUAAACAAAAAUUGCUUCGAGCAAAGUAGUGUAAUUGCGUGAAACUAAAAUAAACAAUCUAAUGAAAAUAUCGAAAGGUUAAAUUAAAAAUGAGUAUCUCUUUAGGUGUAUUCGAAAAAUUCAAAUUGGACAUACUGUAAUAAUUAAUUCUGAUGUAAGUAACUGUCGUGAUUGAUAAAUAUAUCAGUAUAUUUCACAAUAAAUAAUCAAUCAAA